UUGAAUUGAACUGUUUUAUAAGCUAAGUCUCUAAACUAUAAAUAUUUUAAGGUUUGAACAGAAUUAUAGGCGAUGUCCUGGCCGCCAUAAAUAGCCUUUGAUUUAAAUUCUGAAACUAUUUCACUUUUCCUUAAACUUUUGUCAAUGGAAAUCUGUGGAGAAGACGGUUCAAAAAUCGCACUAAAGCCCAAUUGCAAGACUGUGUUUGGUAGAGGUUCAGGCAUCAACACCAGCGACCGUACAGUAUCUCGCCGCCACGCUGUGUUUUCACUGGAAGACUCCGACGAGAGUGUAAUAGAGCCAACCGCUUGUUUUGAAGUUAUAGGGAAGAACCCCAUCUGGGUUCGGAGCGGAAAGAGCGGGAAAGUUGAGAUUUUUAGGAGGUCAGAGAAGGGUUCCGUGACGGCCGGUGACUGGGUGUGUUUUGGCGGUCAAAGUCAAGGGCCUGUUUGGUUUUCUGUAAAGAGAACUGGGUUUGAAGAGGAAGAGAAGGAAAACGAUACCGAGUCAAGUGAGGCGAGUUUGACUUUGGAGAGUCUUGAUGUGUCAAAUAUUGAUCCUGUUAAAGAGUUUGGUUUUCUUGAAAUUGGGCAUGAAUUUGAUCAGUAUCCCAAGGGGAUGAUCUGUGAUAUAAGUAAAUGGGACUGGUUCCUUAAGGAACCCAGAAAAGAUAGUGAUGAAGAAGAUGAGGCAUGUGAUAAAAGAAAUAAGAGGGGUGUGAGAAGAAAGAGAGGGAAAGCUAAAGACAAUGCUGAUGAUGAAGAUGACUGGACAGGAGAAAGUGAAGAAGAUAAAGAGCUAAUUACGAAAGUGCAGAAGGUUCCAAGAUCAACAUAUUCUACCAGAUCAAAGGACCGCGGCAAAGCACAAAAGGGUACAAAAAAUAGCAAAAUUUUGGCACAAAAUAAUGGUACUCCCGCAAUGGGAGAUGAGACUGAUGAUGAAGAUGAUCCUACAUUGGGAGGCUUUAUAGUUGAUGAUGAAGAUAUGGAAAUAGAUCAGGAAAGCAACUUGGAUGAAGAAGGGGAAGAGGAAGAAUUUGAUGAUGACGACUAAAUAGAUGAUUUUGGAGACUAGAAAUAGAGCAUAGAUUUUUUGGAUUUAUGCCAGUAUACUUACAAUAUAGAAAUUCUUUCUUUAGUGGUUUAUCAGCAGAAACAUAAAAAACUGGUAUAGUUUCCACCUGUGUAAUUUAUGCAUAUAUAUGUAUUCUUUGUUAUGUAUAAUAACUCUUUGGUUUUCCAGUUCACUAAUGUACUUCUAACUAAUAGCCUGUUUGGCUAAUGAUUUUCAUAA